AUACGGGAUACGUGAGCGAUCUUUGAAUGGUUCAAACAUCUUCUUAUCUAUAGUUUCUGCUGGUCGCAUCUCAAUUGCGCGUGAUUAUAGCCCGAUGUAGAAUAAGAUUCUUUUGAAAUACAUCUAGUGGUUAUAGUCAUUCCCUUCUGGGAAGUCCGAACACUUGGAUUCCAACUCAAAUCCGUGGUCGUAAUUGAAGCAUCAAUUCCGAAGGGUAUCGAGUAAUGAAAAUCAUAUUCCAUGAAGACCAAGAGUUACCCGCAAUAUCAUAAACAAACUUGUUUCUUCCUGUCAUUUUAUCUUAGACAAUGGAUGAACGUGCCGCAAUCCCAGUUACUCUACCAAGAGAUAACCCCACCCGGAGCUAUUGGCAGCUUGAACCAGAUGAGAUCGCGGAUAUGCGCUCGACCGACUCGCUUCCGGAGAAGGCGGAAGUCCUCAUUAUUGGCAGCGGGAUCACCGGAGCCGCAGUGGCUUUCAACCUUCUAGAGAGAGGCACCCGCGACAUCGUUAUGCUGGAGGCUCGACAGGCAUGCUCGGGCGCGACGGGGCGGAACGGCGGUCACACGAAGGCUGCAUCUUACCUGUCAUUUCUAAUGCAUGAGAAGCAGCACGGCACUGCCAUGGCUGCGAAGAUCGCUCGCCUCGAGCUAGCGAAUAUUCGUGCCGUGCAUGCAUUCGCAAGAGAACAUGGCAUUGAUUGCGAUAGUCAUCCAUGUACUACAGUGGACGUGGUUUAUAAUGCGGAGCGGUGGGAGUUCGACCAGCGCGCCGUUGAGGCCAUGCAAGAUGCCAUGCCUGGUGAUGAUGCCUCCGUGUAUGCUGUCCACGGCGCCGAGGAAAUGCGAUCCAAGUUCUUCUGUGGCAGUGGAGGAGACGAGGGGGUCUAUGGUGGUUUGUCUUACGAAGCCGGGAGUUUAAAUUCUUACAAGUUUGCUAUCGGCGUGCUAAAGCUGUGCUUGGAAAAAGGGCUCAACUUGCACACGAAUACUCCCGCGCUCAACUUGGAAAAGCUAGAAAGCGGUGGCUGGAAGGUCAAGACCUCUAGAGGCUCGAUAUACGCACAGAAGAUGGUACUAGCUACCAAUGGAUAUACAGCGAACACCUUGAAAAGUUUCCAAGGAAUUAUCGUCCCCCUGCGCGGCCAUGUUACUGCGCAGCGGCCCGGUCUAAGCAUUCCGAAAGAUCGUUUAGCUGGUUCAUACAGCUUCUUUAGCGAAAAGGGGUACGACUACAUGAUCCAGCGGCCGAAGGGCUCGAAGUUCGAGGGGGAUCUCGUGAUUGGCGGGGCUCUGUCUAAAGCCGUUGCAGAGGGUCUCGAGGAGUACGGGACGACGGACGAUACUACGCUUAACGAAGACAUUGUAAAAGCUCUCGAAGACAGCCUGCCGAGAUACUUUGGUGACAAUUGGGGCGAAGAUAAUCCUGAUGGUCGUAUACGUAAUGCAUGGACUGGUAUUAUGGGAUAUAGCCCCGAUGGUUUGCCCUUCGUCGGGGAGGUGCCAGGUGAAAAAGACCUCUGGGUAUCUACUAGUUUCCAAGGUCACGGCAUGGUGCUCUGCUGGAUGUGCGCCCGCGCGCUCACGGUUAUGAUGAAUAGUCGCCCCGAAGAAGAUGAGGAGUUGAAUUCCUGGUUUCCUGAAGUGUACAGGAUUACCGAAGAGAGAAUGCGUUUGACUUUUAGGGGCCGUCUUCGUAACUGAGAUGAAGUAUUUUGUGAUAGUAUUUGUAUGCUAUUUAUGCGAAUCCUGAGAAAGGGGCUUUCUUAAAAGAUCCUUACCGGCAUUUCGCCUGGUAUUAACAGCGGGGUAUGCAUUAACGUUGCAUUUGAAUCUCAAGGUAAAAAGCGUAGAAGAUGCAGCGUCUAUAUCCUUAUUGGUUUUCUACGUAUCUUGCCAGGAUCAUCUACCCCCUUAGCACUAGGUACUUCAAGCCCUUGUCGGGUCUGUAGAUCCGGCAUAUGCGUCUUAUCGUUCUUAUGAGGUAAGCGACAUCUCGUUCGUGCUGUCGCCAUUUAGAUGGACACCCUCGCGCUAUACGUUCUUAGCGAAAACACGAAGACGUCGUUUCUUCCGGUAAAAGUUGCACUUGGUGUACAGAGCUUGGCAUGCAGA